CCCGUUGGGGCUCAGCCCCUGCUCAUGGUGCCCCGACGCCCUGGCUAUGGCACCAUGGGCAAACCCAUUAAACUGCUGGCCAACUGCUUCCAAGUUGAAAUCCCAAAGAUUGACGUCUACCUCUAUGAGGUGGAUAUUAAGCCAGAUAAGUGUCCUCGGAGAGUGAACAGAGAGGUGGUUGAUUCAAUGGUGCAGCAUUUUAAAGUGACAAUAUUUGGGGACCGCAGGCCAGUUUAUGAUGGCAAAAGAAGCCUUUAUACAGCCAAUCCACUCCCUGUGGCAACAACUGGGGUUGAUUUGGAUGUCACAUUGCCAGGAGAAGGUGGCAAAGAUCGUCCUUUCAAGGUGUCAAUAAAAUUUGUUUCCCGGGUGAGCUGGCACUUACUGCAUGAGGUUCUGACAGGACGAACCUUGCCUGAACCUCUGGAAUUAGACAAGCCAAUCAGCACUAACCCUGUUCAUGCUGUUGAUGUGGUGCUACGACACUUGCCCUCAAUGAAGUAUACACCUGUAGGCCGGUCCUUCUUCUCUGCUCCAGAAGGUUAUGAUCAUCCCUUGGGAGGUGGCAGGGAAGUAUGGUUUGGAUUCCAUCAGUCUGUUCGGCCUGCAAUGUGGAAAAUGAUGCUAAAUAUUGAUGUUUCUGCCACUGCCUUCUACAAAGCACAACCUGUAAUUCAGUUCAUGUGUGAAGUUCUUGAUAUUCACAACAUCGAUGAACAACCACGACCUCUGACUGAUUCUCACCGGGUAAAAUUCACCAAAGAGAUAAAGGGUCUGAAGGUUGAAGUGACUCAUUGUGGAACAAUGAGACGGAAGUACCGCGUCUGCAAUGUUACACGGAGACCUGCCAGUCAUCAAACUUUCCCAUUGCAGUUAGAAAAUGGCCAGACUGUGGAGAGAACGGUAGCACAGUACUUCAGAGAAAAGUACAACCUCCAGCUGAAAUACCCUCAUCUUCCUUGUCUACAAGUGGGACAGGAGCAGAAACACACCUACCUGCCUCUUGAAGUUUGUAACAUUGUGGCAGGCCAGCGAUGUAUCAAGAAACUAACAGACAAUCAAACAUCAACGAUGAUAAAAGCAACAGCAAGAUCGGCUCCAGACAGACAGGAAGAAAUCAGCAGGCUGGUGAGAAGUGCAAAUUACGAUGCCGACCCAUUUGUUCAGGAAUUUCAGUUUAAAGUCCGUGAUGAAAUGGCUCAUGUGACAGGGCGUGUGCUCCCAGCUCCCAUGCUGCAAUAUGGAGGACGGAAUCGAACAGUGGCAACACCAAGCCAUGGUGUGUGGGAUAUGCGUGGAAAACAGUUUCAUACUGGUGUAGAAAUAAAGAUGUGGGCCAUUGCUUGCUUUGCAACACAGAGGCAGUGUCGUGAAGAGAUAUUAAAGGGUUUUACAGACCAGUUGCGCAAAAUCUCCAAGGAUGCAGGCAUGCCAAUCCAGGGCCAGCCAUGCUUCUGUAAAUAUGCACAAGGUGCUGACAGUGUGGAGCCCAUGUUUCGACACCUUAAAAACACAUAUUCUGGACUCCAGCUCAUCAUAGUCAUCUUACCGGGAAAGACGCCAGUGUAUGCGGAGGUGAAGCGUGUGGGGGACACACUUUUGGGAAUGGCCACACAAUGUGUUCAAGUCAAGAACGUCAUAAAAACAUCUCCACAAACCCUCUCAAACUUGUGCCUAAAAAUAAAUGUAAAACUGGGAGGAAUCAACAACAUCCUUGUACCUCAUCAACGACCUUCUGUGUUCCAACAACCAGUGAUCUUCUUGGGAGCAGAUGUUACUCAUCCACCUGCUGGAGAUGGAAAGAAACCAUCUAUUGCUGCUGUUGUAGGUAGCAUGGAUGCCCAUCCAAGCAGGUACUGUGCCACAGUGAGAGUUCAAAAACCUCGCCAGGAGAUAAUCCAAGAUUUGGCCUCCAUGGUUAGAGAACUUCUCAUCCAGUUCUACAAGUCAACACGCUUCAAGCCCACGCGAAUCAUCUUCUACCGUGAUGGAGUAUCAGAGGGACAGUUUCGACAGGUCUUUAGAUAAUUUAUAUCCUGUGUCUUCAGCCCUAACAAGGUGUUGUAUUACGAGCUGCUAGCAAUCAGAGAGGCCUGUAUCAGUCUGGAAAAGGAUUAUCAGCCUGGUAUAACAUAUAUUGUUGUUCAGAAGAGGCAUCAUACAAGGCUGUUCUGUGCUGAUAGAACAGA